GGAACCAGUCUGGAUGAUACUCUUACUUUAGGAAAACGCAAUCCUCAACUCAUUUUUAUAUUGCAUCCAGGGUCUAAUGAGAUGCCACUACAUCAUGUCCAUGGUGGACGGGCAGAAAUAAAACAGCCUAGUGUGAACUCAAUCUCACCAGUACCUACUAUAUAUGCAGCUUAUGCACAUCCUUUUAGGUCUUCACUUGAAAAACCGUUCCAACAGCUGCAUCAAGUACCACCACAAAUUUGUUUAGAGGACAUAACUUGA